GGGGGGAGUGGUGGGGGAGAUGUUAACAGCAUUAAGUUGGGGGAAAGGAGUUCGCUCACUGGUCGGGGAGUGAGGGCGACCUGGUCGGAUUGUACAAGUUUUCUUCCAUCUCAUCAUUCACCCCCAUCCCUACCCCCAACGACUCUCUCUCUCUCUCUCUCUCUCCCCCCCUCCCACCUCGGGGAGCAAUGGUCUGCGGAUAUGGGGCUCUGCUUGGGGUCGGAUGCGAGCGCUGAGGAGCGCGAGGCGCGGAUACGCAGCGAGAAAAUCGACCGCGCGUUAUACGAGUUCGCCAAACAAGAGUUCAACGUAGUGAAAAUCCUACUUCUGGGUGCAGCGGAGAGUGGGAAGAGCACUCUGGUCAAACAGAUGAAGAUCAUCCACAGUCAUGGGUUCAGCGAUGAAGAACUUGCAAGUUUCAAGCCGGCUGUUCUGGACAAUCUCCUGAGUUCCAUGAAGUUUGUGCUGCAGGGCAUGGGAAUCCUCCGGAUCAACCUCGCCAUCCCCAGGAACACGACUCACGCGCAGACCGUGCUGUCGUGCGGUCGUUGCUUUGACGAGGAUGAGACGCUUUUGCCGUUCGUUGGUCACGCUCUGCGCUGCCUGUGGGCGGAUCCCGCGGUCCGGCUGGCGGCCAGUCGCGGCUACGAAUACGAGCUGAACGACUCCGCCCACUAUUUCUUCGUAAACAUUAACCGGAUCACGGCUCCGGGUUACAGACCCACCCAGACUGACCUCCUGCGGGUCCGACUCCGCACAGCAGGCGUCAUCGAGACUCAGUUCAAAAUCAACAACUUGAUUUUCAGGAUGUACGACGUGGGGGGGCAGAGGACGGAGCGCAGGAAGUGGAUCGGCUGUUUCGAGGAGGUGCGAGCGGUGCUGUACGUGGCCGCACUGAGUGGAUAUGAUAUGACACUACUGGAGGAGCUGACUGUGAAUCGACUACAGGAGAGUUUGAAGCUUUUCUCUUCCAUCUGCAAUAAUGUUUUCUUCAGGAGCACAUCUAUGAUUUUGUUCCUGAAUAAAAUCGAUCUUUUCCAAGAGAAGAUUUUACAUUCCGAGAGGCAUCUCCGGCUGUAUUUCUCCGAAUACAGAGGCGCUGACUGUGAUGUAGAUGCCGGCGCCCGGUUCGUGGCCAAUCAGUUUCUCAGCCUGAACAGGAACGUGGCCAAGCUGGUUUAUCACCAUUUCACCACGGCGACCGACACCUCCAACGUGCAAGUGGUCUUCCAGGUCGUCAUGGAUACCAUCAUCAAGGAGAACCUCGAGGCCGUUUCUCUGCUUUAAUGAAGUUCGUCCCUUUCCCGCCCAUCAAAGCGAGCGGCCCGGCAACUCUCCCCGAGAUGUGCGUGCGUGCAAAUCCACAGGCCGCUAGUGAGUACGCACUUGCGUGCGCACUGGCGCACCUUUUUUUUUUCUUUUGGUCAGCCGGGUGGG